CCGUCGAAGGUCUCAGGCGGCCGGUGGGCCGGGCCGGGCCGCACGGCGCAGCCAUGCCUGGCUUUACGUGCUGCGUGCCGGGCUGCUACAACAACUCGCACCGGGACAAGGCGCUGCACUUCUACACAUUUCCCAAGGACGCUGAGCUGCGGCGCCUCUGGCUCAAGAACGUGUCCCGUGCUGGCGUCAGUGGAUGCUUCUCCACCUUCCAACCCACCACUGGUCACCGUCUCUGCAGCGUCCACUUCCAAGGCGGCCGCAAGACCUACACGGUGCGCGUCCCCACCAUCUUCCCGCUACGCGGCGUUAACGAGCGCAAAGUAGCACGCAGACCUGCGGGGGCCGCAGCCGCCCGCCGCAGGCAGCAGCAGCAGCAACAACAACAGCAGCAGCAACAGCAGCAGCAGCCGCAGCAGCCAUCGCCGUCAGCCUCCACUGCCCAGACCGCCCAGCUGCAGCCAAAUCUGGUGUCUGCCUCUGCGGCUGUGCUCCUCACCCUUCAGGCCGCUGUAGACGGCAGCCAGGCUCCGGGAUCCGUGCCGCCGGCGCCCACCCCUCCCACUGGAGAAGAUGUGAAGCCCAUCGAUCUGACGGUGCAAGUGGAGUUCGCGGCCGCAGAGGGCGCCGCCGCCGCAGCCGCCGCCUCGGAGUUAGAGGCUGCUACCGCAGGGCUGGAGGCCGCCGAGUGCCCUAUGGGGCCCCAGUUGGUGGUAGUUGGGGAAGAGGGCUUCCCUGAUACUGGUUCCGACCACUCGUACUCAUUGUCGUCAGGCACCACGGAGGAGGAGCUCCUGCGCAAGCUGAACGAGCAACGGGACAUCCUGGCGCUAAUGGAAGUGAAGAUGAAGGAGAUGAAGGGCAGCAUCCGCCACCUGCGUCUCACCGAGGCCAAGCUGCGCGAAGAACUUCGCGAGAAGGAUCGGCUACUGGCUAUGGCUGUCAUCCGCAAGAAGCACGGAAUGUGAACGGGUCCCCCUGUGGCCUGCGGGGCUCCCGGACCCCUGCCAGCCUAGGAGGACCUCAGGCUGCCACUUUCAGAUUCCCCUGUACUCCUGGAGCACUGGUUGACACCUGGACUCUUUUGCUGGUGACUUGGCACCCUCGCUUCCUCCUGAAAUCUGGGACCUCAGACUCUGUACUGGUGACACCAGCAAUUAUGACUUGGUUAACACGUCCCCGCCCCCACCUCCCACCCCCAGUUUAUGUUGCAGGUUCUGGUUCAGUAGAGGUUUAGGAACCACUGAACUUGAAACUUACCCUCUAGGGAUGCAGGUGGGCUGCCCAAGGACUAUGGGUUUGGGAAGACGCCACCUUGAGGUUGGCCAGCAGUCAGACGUAACUCUCCUGUGUAGUGUGAUGAGAGAGCCAAGAAACAUUGGUUUUCCCCUUUUUCGUGCUUUUCCUUCCCAGGUGCAGCCUCUGAUUCUGAUGGGGACUGGCAGAUCUGUGCCUCUGCCUCCUAGGACUUCCCUCCCCAGGAGGCCAUCUACAAGGGGAUCUAGGUGACCUGCUGAUGGAGAUCCAGCUUGCCAGGGACUUAGGUUUAUCUUGUUAUGUUUGCUACUGGUUACAAAUUCUAUUUUCUGUACAAUUAGUCAGACUAAAGUUUUCACUGUGUUUGUUUGGCAAAACAAAUUAAACAGAAAGUAAGGUUUUUA